AAUAAAGAAUUAUGGACCUGGCUCUUUAAGCUUCUAAGUUUGAGGCGGUGCUUUCUAAAUAAAAGGAAACCUGAAGCUGGGAGGAAUCUGUUAUUGGCUAGAAACAUGGCAGCAGCAGCAACAAUGGUGAGCAUGCAUCAAGAAGAGCAGCGGAAAUGCAAGGCCAGGAGAGAAGAGAUGGAACACAUCAGCAAGCACCUUCUGCAGAACCGGUGGGCUCUGUGGUUCUUUAAAAAUGACAAGAGCAAGACCUGGCAGGAGAACUUAAGGCUUGUUACCAAGUUUGAGACAGUGGAAGACUUCUGGGCGCUGUAUGGCCAUAUCCAGCUAGCCAGCAAGCUGACCUCUGGCUGUGACUACUCUCUUUUCAAGGAUGGCAUUGAGCCCAUGUGGGAAGAUAACAGGAACAAGCGUGGUGGCCGUUGGCUUAUCACAUUAGCAAAGCAGCAGCGGCAUACAGAGCUGGACCGCUCCUGGUUGGAGACACUACUGUGUCUGAUUGGAGAGAUGUUUGAUGACUACAGUGAUGAUGUCUGUGGGGCGGUCAUCAACAUCCGUGCCAAGGGGGACAAGAUUGCAAUCUGGACCCAGGAGGCAGAGAACCGGGAAGCAGUCAUCCAUAUUGGGCGUGUGUACAAGGAACACUUGGGCUUGUCUUCAAAGGUGGUAAUCGGUUAUCAGGCUCACGCAGACACUGCCACCAAGAGCGGUUCCCUCACAAAGAACAAGUUUGUGGUGUGAGCAGCUGAAAUGAAGCCUCACAGCUGGAGGGGGAAGAUUGGCAUUGGGUACACAAAGGAGAUGAGUCGGGUGGGGGACAGCACAGCAAGCAGUGAUGUUGCUUCUGUCAGUUUUUAAGUUGAUUAAAGUUGCUGCAGCAGA